AUGAACGAUAGGAUACGACUCCAGGCAAUAUCGGGACACAAUUACAGGAGGUCGAGACUUGCGCGUGGACUUGUUAAAAAUAAGAAUGGUAGACCACUUCCAACAGCGGCUAAUAUGGUCAAACUGAGAUACAGAUGUCUGCUUGAAACUACCGCGAAAGCUGCAGCUGACAGUUGCUCUACUUCUUGGUCACGCGUUCCAUACGGAGUACAACAGAAUAUCAUUUGUAUUCCGAAAGGCGAGGCUCGAUAUCGCGUUCAUGCUAUUACUGAGGCUAUUAAAAGGUGGUGGAGACGAGUGAGAUUCGAUCAGUUCGGAGUGGCAGUUAUGUACCGUUAUCAACAUCAAUUCACCAGCAUCAGUUGGUUCACUAGGAUGGCAUGGGCGACCACGAGAUAUCUUGGAUGUGCUGUCUCAGACUGCGGACACCAGUGGUGUGUUGUGUGCCACUACCGUCCUGGCGGAAAUAUUGUUGGGCAAUACCUUUACGAAAGAGGUAAUCCAUGCUCUCGUUGCCCUAUUGGGUUCUUCUGCGACUCAUCCAUGCUCUGUGCGGCUAUCACUCGCUGA